GGGCCAAGUAUUUUGAAAUCGCCGAAUUUGAAACACGCAAGAAAACACAACUGACUGAACCGAUAGUUCUUUUCGAGCCAGUACCCAAAUCCACAUGGGAUCCUAACCGCUCAAACUGCCAAAAAAACAGUCCGCUGAAGUGGUCACCGGGUGUUUAUUUUCAAACUGAAUAAAAAUAUGUACCGCAAAAUGACCAUAAAUGUUUUCUGCUAAAUUUUUACUCAUCAUACGAGUGAUUUGCAUCACUCACAGUUUGACUUGGCCGUGUCCCAAACUGAACAUGACCUUGACCCGAGCACGAAGUCUGUUCUUAAACACGGAAUAUGGACACUACUUGGGAUCAUGCUUGAGAAGUGAAUCUAAAGAUGGUAUCUAUGUUCUGUGCAAGGACGCAAACAUGUGUGGCACUGAGGUCGAUCUGGGCCCAAAACAGGACUCCAGCUCUGGAACCCGGCUGGAUCCUAAAUUAAGAGAGGGUCCCUUGGAUUGUCUGGUCUACGUGAGAGCGGGUGGAGAUAGCAAGUGUCAGUGGCUGGAGAAAGAGUUGUUGUCCAGGGACUCUAAUGACUGCGUGGGCGUGACGUGUGAGGAGGGCAAAUGUGUGGACAGACUGGGAUACUUCGAAUGUGUCACUAAUGAUGGUCAUGAUCGUUUUAACCAACAGUGUUGGUCACAAGCUUGUCGUGAAACGGAGGGGUCGGAUUCCGGUAGGACAUCGCCCCAGCCGAGUACGACAGCACCGAAGUCGAGUUCAACAGCUUCAACCAGAUUCUCGUCAAUAUCCAGUGCAAAACUAGCUCCAGUUAGUUCUCACACUGAGUCUCCUUUGAAGUUCAGCUGGAGCGAAUGGUCAGAAUCCGAUCUCAAUCUGAAGGCAACUGACACUGGAUGGUACGAGUUUAGAUCCAGGAGUUGUGUGAACAAUAACGGAGAAAUUGAUGAGAGCAAAUGCGUAGGAGAUCCAAUCGAAGUGAUGCUGUCUCAUGAAUUCCAAGAGAUCAAACUGGGAUUUUACAAUGCGCGUGAGUGGUGUCUAAGCUCAGGAUCGACUUUGUUAUCAUACAUAAAAAGCACUGAGCAAACAGAGUUCGUCAUGUCUGUAAUGAAUGAAAUCAAUGUGAAUGAAAUUUGGCUUAACGCGCACUGGGUAGACGGCAAACUCGUCGAUCGUGACGGAGGAGUUAUUCCUGUCACACCCGUCGAUGAUCCUGACCGAAUGGCAAAUCUUUGCGCUGUAUUGGAUCGCAAGAAUUCUAUCAAGUUUGAACAAUGUAAUCAGCAAUACUUUCUGGUAUGCACCAAAAACUAGCCGAGUUGUCGACAAAAAAAUUGAAAAUCAGACACCAGAAAGAAUUCUUGUUUUGUUCAUUAUUG